GAUCUUUCUCAACCCGACUGAUGUAAUAAUAGCGAUACAUUGAUUUUACUCCCGAGAAGCACUAUGAAAUCUGGGGCUAUAACACCAGCUACAGAACUGCCUCUUUUACUGCCUUAAAACACUCACCCAAUUCUCUUCCUGCCAUCAAGCUACUAUUGUUGGAUACCUGCAAUCCUUCCCUUGAUACAAGCUGAACGUCUGCAUCCCAUACCACGAUCUGCCCACACACUGAGGCUUUCAGCUAUAGCGGUAGCCCAACUUAGGAGUCGCACUGUGGUCAAACAUACACCGUUGCCUUUACACUGACGGUUCCUAUCUAGACUUCAGCUCAGUCUAGGUUUGUGUCAGACGGGCCAAAGAAUUUACGUGCUCCUGCGUCACAGACCAUUGACGGUAUUUUUCACAUAUGAUUACUCUUUGUGAGAAGCGGACUGUUGGCAAAACAUGGUCAUAGUAUCACUCGAGAGAGACAGCAAUGGCAACACCAGGUUCCGUGGGUGUACCAGCAUCCGCGAUUUUGAAUUCUUGGGCAAACUUGGUGAAGGCACUUUUGGGGAGGUCUACAAAGCAAGAUCAAAGAAGGACAAUACCGUUGUUGCUCUCAAAAAGAUACUCAUGCACAAUGAGAGAGACGGGUUCCCCAUAACCGCUCUUCGUGAGGUCAAACUUCUAAAGAUGUUAUCUCACACUAAUAUUCUACAUCUUAGAGAAAUGGCAGUAGAACGGAGUAAAGGGGAAGGACGUAAGAAACCAAGCAUGUACAUGGUAACGCCAUAUAUGGAACACGAUCUUUCGGGCCUUCUGGAGAACCCCGCCGUUCAUUUCACUGAGGCCCAAAUCAAAUGUUAUAUGCUUCAACUCCUUGAGGGGCUCAGGUAUCUACAUGAGAAUCGUAUUCUGCAUCGUGACAUGAAAGCUGCCAAUCUUCUUAUCAGCAACAGAGGGAUACUUCAAAUUGCUGAUUUCGGGUUGGCUCGACCGUACGAAGAACCCCCUCCUCGACCCGGAAAAGGCGGGGGCGAAGCAAGAAGGGAUUACACUACGCUCGUUGUAACUCGAUGGUAUCGUCCUCCCGAACUACUGCUUCAACUCCGGCGAUAUACUACGGCGAUCGAUAUGUGGGGUGUCGGAUGCGUAUUCGGUGAAAUGUUCAAGGGAAGACCAAUCCUUGCUGGCAAUAGCGAUCUCAACCAGGCGCAGCUGAUCUUCAAUCUUGUAGGUUCACCUACAGAAGAAAGCAUGCCGGGGUGGUCUUCAUUGCCAGGAUGUGAGGGUGUGAAGAAUUUCGGGAACAGACCUGGCAAUCUAGGCGAAAUAUUUAAAGAUCAAAGUCCCGCUGCCAUAUCUUUGCUCUCUGAGCUUUUGAAGCUCGAUUGGCGGAAACGAAUUAAUGCGAUGGACGCUUUAAAACAUCCUUACUUUUUUAGCCCCCCACUUCCUGCGCGGCCAGGUGAACUGCCUUCAUUCGAAGACUCCCAUGAGCUUGAUAGGAGACGGUUUCGUGGCCAAAGGGCACCCAUGCCACCGGCACCUGCAGGGGGCUCUAUAGGAACUGGCGGUCCGAAUGGAAGCUGGGCAGCCUGCUCUGGAAACAGAACGGGCAUCGAUGGUAGAAAUAGUCGCCUUCCAAACGCUGCCCGUGGGAAUUGGAACCACGGAGCACAGGGGGUCCCUCCACAGCGCUCCAUCGACAAUCGCAACUGUGAGACGCAUACAGCUAGAUCGAGAUCAGGUGGGGAGGAGUCCGGCCAAGGACCUUGGCAUAAGGGUGGGCUACCACCUCGCCCGCCCAUGUCAAACCACCAGGCAUGGGCCUCCGGUAAUAUAGGUAGAGUGGGACGAGACAGAAAUCACCAGGGUCGAGGGCGAUCUGAAGGGAACUUAGAUUCCUACAUACCAAACUACACCGGUGGGGGCGACCGUCAUUGGGAAAGGGAUCACAGUUCAAGCAACAUGGAUCGACGCGAGCUCACUAGUGAUCAGGCCCACCAAUCUAUGCGGAGGGAUUAUUCGCGAGAGAACUUCUCAAGACGAAGAAGUCGGAGUCCCAACUUUAGAGAAGGCCGUGAUGUGGCCAGGGCAUUCCAUCGCAGAUGACUAAUCUUUCGUACGAAAGGUUAAAUGUACUAUUGUCAAAUCAAUUUGAGAAAUAAUCUUUUUACUAGUCACUUAAGAAGGAUGAGGCCAGGUUACUUAUAAGAUUCAGGGUGGUAGAAAGGAAAUAUCGAAGCAGCGAGAUACCCAAG